AUUGCACUUUCAAAUACCAUCAGAUGUCUUAUUUGCUUCACUAAAAAUAGAAGUUGAAGAAAGAAGACAAACAAUAUUUCCUUGUAAAGCUGAGAAUGUUGACUUAUAUUUUAAACACGGUUCCCCUCCUGUGAUAAAUCCUGAUGGCUCAAAGUUUCCCUCUACAUUUUACAAUCUUUCUCGACCUCAGCCUUUUUAUAUUAAUUUUACAUCGCAAAGUCCUGCCCAAUACAUAAAUUUAACAUCACCAACACCUGGGAUGUACUUUAUAUCAACUUUUUUGGCAUAUACUGAUCCUCGGUAUGAUGGUAUCAAUCAAGAAGGUUUGGUACCAAAAUGUAAAGUAUAUUUAGUCAUAACACUUUACAUUUCAACCGUGGAGGAUGUGGAAAUAGUUACAAAAGAUGUGGACAUGGAAGUGACUUUAUCUUCAAAAAGCUAUGCUGUUUUUAAGUUUUUUGCGCCAGAGAAAGUUGAUCACGUAUUUCUCACGAUUGUAGACAGUGUUUCAUGUAAAGACUGUGACUUUUUUAACGUUCGAAUUCAGCCACAUAAUGUACCGUCUAUGUUUAAGUCAAUUAAAAGCCUAGAUAUACCAGUAGCAAAUUUUUCGAGACAAAAUUAUAGCAUUAACAUUUGGACUCCAGAAAAUGCCUGGUACUAUUUAAGAUUCCAAUUCACGCAAAAAACGUUUUCAUUAAUUAACGGAGGAUUUUUUACAUUCAGAUUGAAAUUUUUCUUGUUACCAGAGUUAAUUAAUGAAAACGUAACUUUAAAUUUGAAUAAUUCAAAUUUUGAUACGUACGUGCCGGAUCCUGUUUUUAGAUUGCAUAGAGAUGGAAAUAUUUCCAAUAUUAUGUCAUACAACGAGUAUGAUUUGGUGAGAGAGCGAAACUCUGAUAAUUUCGUGUAUGGGUAUGAUUUAAGACCAAAGAAAAACGGGAAAAUUCCUCUGUACAUAAACGCGACAAAUGAUAAAUUUACUGUUCUUAAAUUUGUUAUUCAAGAUAGUACCGAUAGCGGAGGCACUGCUCAAUUUCAUUUGGCUGUUAAACCAAGAGCUAAAUAUGUUAAUGGUAAAAGAAUUGUAGAAACAGAUCCUGAGAAUAAUCAAGUAGUCGCAUGCAUACGUAAAGGAGUUCGCGAAUUACCCCUUUGGCCUCACAAUUGUUUUUUCAAUAACAUAUCUCAACCGUCACCAAUUUUUGUAAACAAAACAGUUGAAAACGCCUCCGUAAUGAUACCGUAUCCAGAACCAGGGACUUGGUUCAUCUCCAUUCGUUUAUUUUGCGGUUCAUGCGAGUCUUGUAAUUGUUCUAAUCAUUGUCAACACAAACAUGAAACUUGUAUGCAGGUCUGUGAAGAAAAUUGUGAGCCAGAGCAAUGUAAUAACUGCACCAACACGUGCAGACAGUCGGUUAUUGAGGAAGAUGAAUGCAGGGGAUGUGACUGCAUUGGGGGAUGUAAAAGAAAUAACAUAAAUUGUAAUACAAGUAUAGUAUUCGAGGUGGCAUCAUUUUCCUGUGUUGAUGGGACAUGUGGAGACAAUGGAAAGUGUGUCUUUUCGAUUUCUGAGGGAUUUGUGGUGACUUCUUGCUUUUGCACGAAUAAUUACAGAGGGUGGGAAUGUUCUGAUAAUUCUCAAGCCAAUCCUUAUUCUGCAAUUGUAGUAGAGAUGGUUUUGCUAACUUUGAGUAACCUUAUGUUUGUGCCAGCUGUUUAUUUAGCAAUUAAAAGACACUACUAUAUCGAAUCACUCACCUAUACACUGCUUUGCCUGUCUUCUACUUUUUAUCAUGCCUGUGAUGCUGGUGAAAACAUAAUCAGUUACUGUCUAAUACGUUUGAAUAUUCUAUUAUUCUCUGUCAUAUGA